GGACCCCUCCAAGUUCAGUAUCAAGAGCUCAAUGCCAAAGCAAUUUCCCGUCAACCGAUCUCUAAAGUUUACAGUCGCUGCAGGAGCCCCUGUGGCAGAGUGGGAGCGGCUCUCUGUCACCGCAAAGCUGAUUCACAAGCAGCAGAUUUACAGAGGGAAAGUGGAGGCUGAGAAAAAUCGCGGAGAGCAGAAUUUUCACUGCGGUGUAGAGAUACCUCAGGAAGGGUAUUAUGCCGUCUAUGUCCAGUGUAGGGGGUUGGACAUCCAAGGAAGCCCGUUCAAGAUUAGGAUGAUGCCAGCUCCGAGGCCGGAGAAGGUUGUCGUGUCAGGGCCGGGUCUGAAGGGAGGGCUGGUGGGAGAGAAACAGACGUUUAGUAUUGACGCCCGAGAGGCAGGGUAUGGCAACAUUCAACUGAAGGUGCAGGGAGAAAAGGGUGGUUUGUCCAUCGACAUGCAUCGCCACGAGUCAUCAAAACAUAUCAUCAUUGCGGAGUAUACUCCAGAGUACCCCGGGAAGUACACCAUUCAUGUUUUUUGGGCGGGGCUUGCCGUCGCCGACAGCCCUUAUUCCGUGUCAGUCCGCAACUCCAAGAAUGGAGAAGGCCCAAAAAACAAAGCCAGUGAUUCGUGGUCUAUACAGACACCGUCAAGUCAGCUCAUUGAACCUGUCCACUGAUGGAAACACUUAUAUAUCAUCUAGAUUUUUAUUCCAUCAUGUAUGCAUGCUGAAAGCUACAGUAUAAUAUAUAACACGA